AUGUUUUCAAAACUCAAAUCAAGAAAAGCCCCACUAUCGCUCAACUCUAUAUCAAAUACCUUGAAAACCAAGGGGGCCAAGAACUUAUCCCCGGAAGAAAUCAAUGCUAAAAAAAUUGAUAUAGAAGUGAUUAAUCAACUUGGGGUACCCAAGGACUCCAUUACUGCAAUAGCAUAUGAUCCAGUUCAAUCCCUACUUGCAAUUGCCACGAAAGACAAUGAUGUUCGAGUAUUUGGUCAAAUUAAUGUUGAGGUUGUGUUUGAAUUCAACAUCAAGCAUCCGAUUGUAUCACUUCGAUUUGUCAAGGGCGUUUAUUUACUUUGUACAUCACCAGGUUCCGGGCUCACAAUACUUUCCUUACACUCAAAACAGAUCAUUGGAACAUUUUCCUUCCCGGGAACUGUAACAGCUGCUGAGACUGACCCAUCAUUGGACUGGGCUAUAUUCGGUCUUGCAAACGGAAGCUUGAUAUUUUACGAUGUGGAUAGAUUAAACUUGACCCAAUUCCGAAUCGAUAACCUACAAAAGAAAGUCAUGCCAAAGGAAAAGAUGUCGCCCGUUGUGUCUAUUGAAUGGCAUCCGCGUGAUAUUGGAACUUUAUUGGUUGCUUAUAAUCAAUGCGCCGUAGUAUAUUCCUUGGUCACUGGACAAAUCAAAAGUACUUUGACUUAUACCUUGUUAAAAGAACACAAGGGUUUCCAAUAUUCGAACCACAUCGCCACUGGAGGGAAAAAGAAGUUAUUUGGAUCGCUGAAAUCGAUUACACCGUUGAUCAAAGAGGCUCAUUUCCAUCCUAAUGGGCUUCACGCAGUAACGGUCCACAAUGACAAUACUAUUGUAUUUUGGGAUAUCGAAGGAGGAGUUCUAUUGGAAGCAAGAACAUUGUAUGAAACACAGCUCCACAAGCCAGGAGCGUAUUUGGAAGUUCCAGAACAUUUUAACCCUAUUGAACAGGUUAAAUGGAUUUGUGGAGAAGACCCCGAGGAAACUAGAUUAAUAGUCAGUGGAGGCGAUCCAGAUGCUACCAAUACCAUUACUGUGAUGGACUUUGGAUACACUUUGAAAUAUUCCAUGACAUCGCAUGAAAAACAAGGAAUAUUCUACUCCAAUCCUCAAGGUGGCCAACGCAAGAUACCAAUCAGCAUUUAUUUGAAUGAGAAUGAUGUUGAUGGAGCUGUAACCGAGGUAAUAACCAAGAUUCAACCAGUGACCCAAACUGGUUCUCCGUAUUUCCAUGAUGGCCACAAUCCUGCAUUCUUGUUACUUGUGUCAAACUUGGGCAGGUUAUACGUGGUGGCAUUUUCAGAUAAAGCAGGUGGCCAAGGUAGUGGUGAUUUGGGUAAUACAAUACUUCCCACAUCGCUAUCAUUGAUUGUGCCACCGUUGUGUUAUUGCGAUGUGCAAUCAAUCGUUCGAAUUGAUUGGUAUAGUAUCAUGUCAAGUCGUGCAUCACAAGGUGUUAGCUCAAAAGUGAGGCCACUCCUUUAUGGUGGAGCUCCUGUACCUUUAGCUAAAAUGUACAAGCCUCUCGGGUUCAACGACGGACUUCGUAAUAUAAUGAUCACUGGACACGAAAAUGGGUUGGUACGAUUUAUUGACAUCACGAAAGGUGAGCAACUGGGUGGCGAAAGCAUCGUUCAGGUUGCGUUGAAACCAACGUUGUAUGAUUACCAUAACCCAGCAAAUCUCAAAGUGAUAAAAGUAUCUUGCUCUUUCCAAACGCGUCAACUUUUAGUUGGCUUGGCUUCAGGUGAAGUGGUUAUUUGCCGGUUUGGUAAAACCCCAAAUGUCAAGAAUGCUGGGAUCAGCUCUUCCAAGGACUACAGUGAUUGUCCUAUCCAUCACGGGAAUGGCUGCGCGCUGCUUGUUGAUAUUAGCGGUAGGAUUUCUGGAUCCGUGGCUACCUCAGCUUCUUUUUUGCCGUUGUAUUUGUUGAGGCUUGAUCCAUCAGAGCAAAUUUCAGUACUUAAAAUGAGUGAUUCUGGAUUUGCUGCUGUUGGUUAUAAAUCAGGACGGUUGGUUGUUUGUGAUAUAUCAAGAGGACCCGCCGUGAUUUUCAAUCUUGCUAACGUAAAGGAAAACUUGGUUUCUGUUACUGGGAAUUGCUAUCCAACUGUACUCGAAUUCUCCAUUAUGGAGUUUGGCAUAGACGGAUACUCAUCGUUAGUUUUGAAUGUGGGAACAAAUUGUGGAGGUAACUUGUUGUUUUACAAAAUAACCCCCAUGGGCAACGGAGGGUAUCAAGUUGAAUUUGCUAAUAAAACAGCGCAUCUCAAUUACAGAACAGCCGAUGGAGGUGAUGCAGAAGCUUCCAAACUUCUGCAGUUGAUCCCCAUUGAUGCUCAAUAUGGAUUAUCAGCAGUUGCCGAUGAAAAAAAGUUUAAUCAGUUGGCAACCGGUGUUCCUAUUCCUGGGUAUAUUAUUACAGUAUCAGAUAGAGAUAUUAGAGUGAUUACACCACCAAAAACAAAACUAGCACACAAGGUGGUCGAAGAUGUGUGUUUGAAAGCAAGCGUGGUACAUUACAAAGACAAAGGGGUGGUAUUAGCUUUGCUUGUUAGAACUGGGUUUAUCAAGUUGUUGUCGCUACCCUCAUUGCACGACAUUGCCAACAUAAAACUACCAAAAGAGACAUACCGCAUGGUGCAAGAAUCUCUCGAAUCGGGAACUGCACUAGACUCUGAUUUGUUAUCCUCGGGAGAAAUGUUUGUUCGAACAUCAGCAACAGAGUCUGUUUACAUUUCCCCAUACGAAAAGACCAAAUCAAGGGACGAUAGUGAAACGGACAAGUUGUUCAAUCCAAAUGCUAUUAUUCCACCUAGACCAUCAGCCAGCACAUUGCUGUGGGCAAAAGGUCAAAUCAGUUAUGUUUCUGUUGAAGAUUUGGCUAUGCUUAUUGCUGGUCCACACAGAAAAGCACCAAAAACUGAGGAGUCAAAUUUGGCUCAUAAUAUCAGCCCUGAAGCUAACCCACAAGCAAAUUACGGUGGCUAUAAUGCCAGAGCACCCAGAGAAAAAGCGUAUGAAGAACCAGUUAGAAAAGCUGGUCAAGGAGCAGGAGGAUUUGGUGCCCCAGGGUUCAUGAGGUCUUUGCAAAAUGGAUUACAAACAGCCGAAGAGACAUUCAAUGAUUAUGCAACAAGUGCCAGUCAAACAUUCCAAGAUGGAUACGAAGAUCAGAAAAAAUCAUUUUAUAGUUCGGCAUUGCAAAGUAAGUUUGGUUUCUAG